AUGUGAUGUCACUAGAGGCAUGACUGCAUGCAAGCAUGUUUCUUUUUUGGGACAGCAGGAGGUUUACCUUGAAUAAAUAACAGUUUACAACAAUUAUAAAAACUGACCAUUACAUGUUGUUCUCUGUGGUCAACCAUAAAACUAUGGUUUGCAGAAAAGCUUUAAAAUCCAAAAAAAGAAUACCAAGAGAUUUGAAAGUGAACUUUUCACAAAAGCAAAAUUUGUUUGUUUCUUCUCAUGGUGGUUCCCAGUUAUGUUAGUGUUUUUGUAAAUACCUCAUCUCUUAUAAAAUAUUUUAUUUAUGCUCUUCAGAGGAAGAGCUCCUCACGUUGAAAUUGAGAGGCAAAAGAGAAUCCUCUUGCGGAACAGGACUUCACACUGCAACACCUCAUAAACUGAAAACUAAAACCUCCCCAUUUAAGACAAUGCAUCAUACAGAAACACUCUGCACUGCACACGUUAAAUUCAACGUAUAGCAAACCUUCACAUUCAGGACACAGAACACAGGGGCCUCUUGGAGUAGAUUAUGGGCUGACAAAAGACCACAGAAUCUGAGCUGUAAAUUUAAAACAUUUUUUGGUGCCUAUUUUGGUCACUGCUGGGUUUGCUUCUGCAUUCUUUGUAACGGCAAAGGAUAUGAAAGUGCAAAACAAAAAUAAAAAAAAUCACCAUGAGGCAAAUCUGCCACUACAAAAGUCAAAGAACUUUUAAAGACAGUUUUAAGAAAAAAGAAAAAAAAAAUACUGCUCAACUUUAAAGAUUGAAAGUCGAAGUGUGAGCCACAGCUCGGAAAAAGUGCUAAACAGCGUAAGAAGUAAGAGCUGUUAACUUAGUCGUAGUCUAGUUGAUAGGCAGACGGACAGAAAGUCAGUAACUCAUUCAAAGAAUAGUUCUGUAUUCAUUCACUGACAAGUUUACACCUACAAAACAGCUGGGUAAUGAAGUAUGGAUUUUACCAGCUGGCUUCAAAUAGAAACAAAGUUUUUAAAAGUUCACUGAAGAAGAAGACAAUUUUCCUGUGUGCAUAGUUUGGGUCAGUGACAUAAGAGGUGCAAGAAUUAAGUUAAUCAGCAGCCAUUAGUAGACUUAAUAUAAAAGAUCCCUUCACAAAAAAAUUAAAAAGAAAAAACAACAAAGUGUUUAUACAGAGCAAUUCAGUCAGAAAAUGCCAGUUGUGUUUUGUGUGUGUUUGGGUUAUAGACAUCACCAUACAAACAAGAGCUGAGUCGCUGCCAUUGGUAAACAGAACUAAAUACCUUUAAGGGGAUAUUCAGAUCAACAGUUUAAGGGUAAAGAGGAAAAUAGAAAAGAAAGAAUUGAUAGAAAUUGAUAUUUUUCAACAGAACUCCGAUCAGUUGCGUUAUGUGAUCUCACAAGAUGUAGCUGUUUGUAGAUUUCUGGUUUUAGGAAGACAGAUUUUUAUCUUGAUCAAAUAUUGUUAUACAUCAAAUAGGUACAGAGAAAAGAAAUAAUUUUUUAUGUGGUAAGUUAUACCUGAAAUAUGUUGGACUGAUUACACAGAGAACCCUGGUAACCUUCACAAUAUUCUCCUGCUGUGCAUUUUUUGCACAUGAAAAUGUAAAACCGACAAUAAAAACUGCAGAGUACAUCUGGUGAGUCGCUGUAAAGCUCACAUCUCCCUAAGUUUCCAAAGCUCUUCUGUGCCCCUCUCCCCCCGCCCCCAUUAAAACAGUAAUCAUUCUCAGGGCCUCAUCCAACCUCGGACCGGCCCUGGACAGAAGCUUCGCUAAAGAGGAACAAACUUAAUGUUGAAAGUUAGAUUUGUGUGAAGGUAAUGGAGGAGCGGGUAUAAAGGACAGAGAGGGGGAGAGUCAGAGAGAAAGAGCAAGGGAGGGAGGGUGCAGAGAGAGGGAGAGAAAAAAAAAACUUUCCUCUAAAGUUAGUGAGGAGCUUUCACUGUGAGCGAGGCGGGGUUAUACAGCCUGGACUCAGCCACAGCGGCUUUGCAAUGCGGCACCGCAGCGAACCUCCAUCCAACUUUGUGAUCAACCUUUCCAGUUUUCAUCUCUAGGCUCCACCAUGUACUCCCCUUACUGCUUGACACAGGAUGAAUUCCACCCCUUCAUCGAGGCCCUUCUGCCCCACGUCCGCGCCUUCGCCUACACCUGGUUCAACCUGCAGGCCCGCAAGCGCAAGUACUUCAAGAAGCAUGAGAAGCGCAUGUCCAAGGAGGAAGAGCGUGCGGUGAAAGAUGAGCUACUCGGGGAGAAGCCAGAGAUUAAGCAGAAGUGGGCCUCGCGCCUGCUGGCCAAGCUCCGCAAGGACAUCCGGCCCGAGUUCCGCGAGGACUUUGUGCUCACCAUCACAGGCAAAAAGCCCCCCUGCUGCGUGCUGUCCAACCCUGACCAGAAGGGCAAGAUUCGUCGCAUCGACUGCCUGCGCCAGGCCGACAAGGUGUGGCGGCUGGACCUGGUGAUGGUCAUCCUGUUCAAGGGCAGUCCCCUAGAGAGCACGGACGGAGAGCGGCUCGUCAAGUCCCCACAGUGCACCAACCCUGGCCUGUGUGUCCAGCCACACCACAUCGGAGUGUCUGUCAAGGAGCUGGACCUUUACCUUGCCUACUUUGUCCACACGCCAGAAUCUGGACAAUCAGACAGCUCCAGCCAACAGGGAGACACAGAUAUCAAACCACCACCCAAUGGACACCUGAGUUUCCAGGACUGCUUCGUCACCUCGGGAGUGUGGAAUGUGGCAGAGCUAGUCAGAGUGUCACAGACUCCUGUAGCCACGGCGUCAGGGCCCAACUUCUCACUGGCUGAGCUGGACAGCAGUCCCAGCUACUACAACAUUAACCAGGUGGCUCUGGGACGGCGCUCACUCACCUCCCCUCCUUCUACCAGGUCUGAGGUGGAGUUGUACGCAAAUCUUCCACGGAGCUCCACCAAGAGGAAGUCCUUAGAUGACAGUGAGUUGGAGAGUCCAACGGAUGAUGUUUUUUAUCCUGGACGUUCACCUGCUGCCAGCUCUUCCCAGUCCAGUGCGUGGCCUAAUGACAUGGAUGCAGUGCAGCACCAUUUGGCGAGUGUGCAGGAGAGGAAGAUAAAACAUGAAAACGAUGGCGUGCAGUUUCCUUACCAUGGACUCUCCUCGCCUGGUUCACUUAAGAAGCCGGGGAAGUUUGAUUUCAACGCCCUGACUUCCCAGACGAGGUCCCCCCGCAUGGCGUUCACACACCACCCGCUGCCUGUGCUGGCAGGAGUGAGACCAGGGAGCCCUCGUGCCUCAGCUUCAGCCCUGCACUUCCCUUCCUCCUCUAUCAUCCAGCAGUCCAGCCCAUACUUCACCCAUCCUACCAUACGCUACCAUCACCAGGACCCACUUAAGGAUUUUGUGCAGUUUGUGUGCACGGAUGGCACAGGACAGCCCAGUGCACAGCCAAAUGGAGGUGGCCAGAGCAAAAUGCCGGGCUCCUUCCUGCUGCCCCCGCCACCCCCGGUGGCGCGCCCUGUGCCCCUCCCUAUGCCCGACUCUAAAACCAUCAGCACGCCCACUGACGGUGGACUCAGCUCACCCGCAUCGCCGUCAUACUCCACGCCAGGCUCCACAGCUCCCAACCGGUUUGUCGGCAUCGGAACACGGGACAACUUUCUGAAUAUCCCCCAGCAGACUCAGUCCUGGUUCCUCUGACAAGGCCUCUCUGAAGCAACAGCUAAAUGUGUGUCAUGAAAAUUGGAAAUCUGAAAAACAAAAAAACGCAUCACCUUUGAUAAAGAACAAACUGCUGACACUAAAAAGGUCUUUCUCGCCAAACACUAUUGAAAGUACUACUAUAGAAAACGGAAAACCCCACAGCGCCCCAAGAGGACUCCCACUCCAACACGAUUCGAAUAGGACUGUUUGUCCCCUUUUCAUGGAGGAGGCUCCAAUGAGAUUGAAUGGACAGACUCAGAAUGCAGGGAAGAGGAAGAGGAGGAACUGUCUCACAAACACUUUGAAAUGGCAGAAAGGAAACACAAUGUAAAAACCUGACAAAUGACCAAUUUAACAUUUGUUUAUCUUUCUUUUAUAUACAUAUAUUAUAUAUUUCUUUUACAUUUUGUUGUCUCCACAAUGAAACUCCAUGCAUUGGCUGGGAGAUCCAAACAAAAAUGAACGUAACGACAAAUGGCGGAGUCAGAUGUGCAAGUUGAAAAGAUCACUACCCACAUUUCAUACGUGCAUAUCCGUGAAUUUUAUUCUGCACAUCUCUCCUCCAGUGUCACGGCCCCACUUUCCACCCACUGCCCCACAUACCGCCAUCACAGCUGGAGCUCAAGAGUUAACCACAGCCUCAUACCUCUUUGUCAGCACACUCUGCCGCUCCACUCACCCAGCCCUGAGCCCCUUUCAUUUCCGAUUGGCCAAUCAUGGUGACACCAUCUGAUGGUGUGACAUAUAUGCACUAAGUGGCUGGUCUUUGUUUACCUGUCGAAGAAUCAGGGCGUCCUGGUAGUAGGAGAAGUGAAAGCCAUGAGGCGAGUGCAAGAAAGUGAACACACGACAGACAGUCAUAACACUAACUCUACAUGUGCUCUUUCGUCCCCUCACCUAUGCACUAUUAAUUCAAUUUUAAUAAGGGAUGAAUCAUGUUGCACAUCAGUGGUCAGAUGAGUGAUUGGAGGAGAAGACUGAGGUUGACUGUCACCAUAGGGAUGAAGCUGUGUUAACGUCUUGGCCCCUAAACAUGACACAUUCUCAGUCACAAGCAUGCACACAAUCACCCUAUUAUCCCUCAACAGCAGUGCGCGCACAGCAUCAGCUUCAGUUUAUUAGCUUUAAUUGUGUUUUUCUUGCAAUUUCUUUCAGAUUUGGUUUUGGGUUUGUAUCACUUGGAUUGUUUUGCACCUUCUCUUGCAUGUCAUCCCAUCAUGCGUUUCUGUAGUUUGCAGUUAUUCAAUAAGUAGCACAUUCAGACUUUAGCAGCAGUUUCUCAAACUUCUCACAAAUGGACAGCACAGUGGCAACAGCUCAUCACAUGCAUCCUUUGCAUUGCUUCACGCUGUAUCCCAGUCACAUGAACAUCCAGAAAACAUACACACACACACACACACACACACACACACAUAUAUAUACCCACGCAUACACAUAUACAAAAUGCACACUAAAACCACCGGCAACCUGAAUAAAAGGGAAGCCUUUUAAACUUGGUUCUCCAAACCGCCUUUGUUAAUGGUUUUUCAUUCAUUUAAAGGUUGUCUUUUUAAUUUGAACUAUUUUUAUGUAAAUGUUCACAUUAGAAUCGCUGUUAUUUUCAUCAUGACACAAUCCAACUCACAAAAGCUGACCUCACAAAAUAACUGGACUGCCGGGCUAUUGGUUCUGUUUUGCAGGGAUAGUAAACUGGGCUGUGAGAGGACUUUCUGGGUCUCUAUAGAAACAUUAGCUCUAUGUACAGCAAGUCUACGACAAUAUAUGGAAGUGCCUCUGUAUUCCCUCCAUGCAAUUAGUAAUUAACUUGACUUCAGGUUCUAUUCCCGUAUAUAAGCUAAGGCUACAGGGAACGUUGGUGUUGGUGCAUGUGGAAAUCUUUGGCCCUGGACGGAUGUUCAUAGAGGACUGCAACCAUUUUUUUUUUAUUUCUUAUAAAGACAGAGAGAUAAUAUACAUAUAUAUUUAUGAUGAAUGCUUCUUUUCCACUUUUACUACUCAAGCUUGUUGGCAGUCUAGUUAUUUUCUGAACUCUUACCCCCCCCACACACAAUCCGUUUCAGUAAGAUCAACUUGCUGUUUCGAAUCAAAACGACACACACCAUCGCCAUCUGCAUUAUAAUACCUAGAUGAUCAUGUUUAAAAAAAAAAAGAAUCGACCGUAGGUUUGAAGAAAAGUGUUUGUUUUUGAUGGAAAGUAUUAUUAUUGAAAAUAAUGUGUCGAUUGAGCCACGUGCAAUGCAUUGGGUAGAUCAUUGUGUUUGUCUGUUAGAGAUUUUUAAGAAAGCUACGAGAAAAGAGAAAAAAAAAAAUUGUAUUUGUUUCAAGUCCGUAAGCUCCAGGACUCUAAACUAGAGGGCCAUGAAAAAUCCUAGUCUUUGUAAGUUGGGGGUAUUUGUUUUUAUUUCUUUUGUCUCUUUUUUUAAAAUGUUUUAUGUGUAAUCAUUUGUUUAUAAAAAUGUGGGAGGGCUGAAGGAAAAAAAAAAUCUACUCAGCUUCAAAACAGAAUCUAUCAAAUGAAAACUGGUGCUUUAACACUAUAAAUCCAGAUUCCUUUUCAGAACUAUUAUAAAUGAACAAAAAUAACAGACCAUUUAGGAAACAGCAUUAUUCCUCUCUCUGUGUAUUCUUCUCUUUGUAUCUAGUAUGGGGAGAGGUUCCUGUUCCUUAAGGUUGUGACACAAAAGGCAUUCUGGUUCAACCUUUCAAAAAAAGCAAACCCUAAAGAGAAAACUUAGCCAUGCACUGCCUGAAACUCACCAGCAAAAGCGAAACAACCCUCCCAGUUUCAUUCUUUCUUUUCUUUUUUUCCCCCCCCACACAAAACAUUGGCAUAAACAGCUGAAAUUAUUCUCUUCCUCCUGAUGGUUCACAUCCGUAAUCCUCUUUUUUUUUCAACCUUUUCGUGAAUCCAGAGUUGGAAUUGGAGUUCUGGUGCUGAUGUGGAUACUGAACGUCUGUACAGAUAACAUAAUGAGAAAGGGGGCAUAAUAGCAUCUAAUCAGGCAGAAAUAAGAGGUCUGAGCCAUUUAUAUAGCAGUCAGCAAGGUGAGCCUCUCCCCCCUUCCUUUCCACUCCCUCCUUUGUAAAUGAUGACUCUUAUAGUGCUUGUGCCGUAGUGUAUAGUUUCCCAGCUGUAAAGGUUGUCCCUUGAAAGUGCCUUUUGUUCACAGACUCCAUUUUGUAAUUCAAAAUGCCCCUUUUUUUUUGUUUUUUGGAAAUGGCUUUAGGUUGCAGGUUGCCCCUGAGUGUCACAAGGCGGUAAAAAGUUGCUGCCCAAUCAGCGCUCAGGGAAAGCUCCUUCCUCUGGCUGUAAAAUGAAUCCCCUCUUCAAUGUUCCUCCCUCUAUCCUUACUUAAUUUUCAAAGCUGUGUAUCUAUAUGUUUAUAAUAUAUAUAUAGAUAUGCGCCUUUGUAAGUACAAAAGAAAACUGGUGUGAAUUAGUUCUUUACUUUUUAUUGAUAAAUGAUGAAAAAAAAAAUUUCAAAUAGGCAAAAAAAAAAACUUGUUCUUGUUCAACUCUUGCUUUUGUUUUCUUUUCCUCUGUCUCCACUGUCUGUUUUCUCUUAGGCACUGGAGUAGUCUGUAACUGUGUCCGUCACUCUCCGUCUCUCUCGCGCGCGCUCUGUCCCGCCCUCUCCGCUGUGGCGAGGGUAAAAAUAGAAGAAAAAAAAAAAACUGAGAAAAAAAUAUUUGCAGAGGAACUUUUUGUCUGAGCAGAAUGCAGUUAGCUCACAUGUUAUUCUUGUCUGUAUGCUUCACAUUGUAUUACCAUACCCAUCUUCUUCAGCUUCUCCAUUCAGCAGCUAAUGUAAGUGAACAAAUUACACUGAUGGGCUGUUGGGGGUGUCCUUAGGUGGGUUCAGGAGGUACGGCAGCGUUUUAGGGUGUGUGCGCAAGAGAAGAGAGAGGUUUACAAAGAAGACUGAUGGGGCCGACAGGGCUGAAUGAACUGCUAUGGCGAGGUUGGUAAGGGGCUGCUCAGGCUAGGAUAAGAGUUUGAACUUUUCUUUUGGCUAUUUAUAUUAUGGCUUUGUUCUAUACCCCCUUUUUGUUCCCUUUUAAUUAGGAAAUCUUUUUUCAUAUUUGCUAUCAGGGUAUGCUGUCAUUUAGGCUUCCUAUGCGGAAGCUUCGACCUGCAAAAUUAAAACUACAAGCACCUUAUAACCGGAAAUGUCCCACAUGAGGCUGAAAGGGGUGGUUUUAUUUCCUUGGUUAAAAUCUCAUAUCAAUUCUAACCAAACUUUUCAAAGAAAGGUAUCAUUGUUUACGGCAGGUUCCACACUGUGAAACCCUCAGCAGUAUUAGCCACCUACCACGCAACAACCAGAACGCUAAAAACGCCACCAAGAACCUGAUCUCUCCGCUUUGAGAGGAUUCAGGAAGUCCCUCCCCGUUUCACCCCUGCCCACCUCAUGCCGGACUGCUCCAUCUCUUUGUUUUGUUGUUUAUUUUGGUCUUCUGAUCUUCUUAAUGUGUAUGGUUACUGGUGAAAUAGGCAGCCCCCCACCCCCAUCUCCAGUGCCUCCCUACCCCCCUCGAUCCCUUGAUUCCCAGCUCUUCUGCACCCCUGUUAGUAUCCUCAGUGCAGCCCCACUUCUUUGUAAGAACACCCCCAGAGCUCUAGGUGAAAUGCAUGUGUUAAUUACAGUUUCUUUUCCAUAAGAAGAAAAACACAGUUUGAGAAGAGCAGCAUCUGAUUGAAUAAAAAGGAUGUUCUUGACUGUA